AUGAAGCAAACAAAAGGGCUGGAGGGUGACAAGAAGUCCAUCAUAAAAUUCGAGUUUAACCCCAAAGAUGGGAUAGACAACCCUGCCUUGUCACUGACUGAGGACACGGAUGGUGAGGGCGUGGGGGAGCCCCGCUUCUACCUGCUGAGCAAGGACAGCACCGAGACCUUCGGGUUCUGCCUCCACGAGGAGCUGGGCUGCCGGGGCCACGUCAUCCGGCAGCUGGAGCUGGGGGGGCUGGCCCAGCGCAGGGGGCUGCAGGACGGGGACCGGCUCCUCCAGGUCAACGGGCACUUCGUGGACAACAUGGACCACCAGAGGGUGGUGCAGAAGAUCAAGGCGAGCGGGAACCAGGUCCUGCUGGCGGUGCUGGAUGGAGCAUCCUACGAAGCAGCCAGAGCCCUGGGCAGGGACCUGUCCCAGAUGCUGCCCGCAGAGAUCCGCCCUCGCCUCUGCCACGUCGUGCGGGACAAGAGCGGGUUUGGCUUCAGCGUCUCGGGGCCGGAAGGCAUCAAGGGCACCUUCCAGCUGUCGGUGCGGCAGGACGGGCCAGCAGAGAGGGCCGGGGUGCCAGCAGGCUCCUGGCUGCUGGAGCUGAACGGGGCCAGCGUCAGGAGCUACUCGCACGCUCAGCUCAACAGAAAGCUGAAGCAGAGCGGCAGCAAGGUGACGCUGCUGGUGGCAUCCAGUGCUGUGGAGGAGUUUUACCGCCUGCGGGGUCUGCAGGUCACAGCCGCCUUGGCCGACACCUCCUGGCUCCCCUUCAAGGCCCGGGAGCUGCACAUGGUGAAGGGUCCAGCUGGUUACGGGUUCCUGCUCAAGGAGGACAACUGCAGCUCAGGGACCACAGGCCAGUUCCUGUGGGAUGUGGAUGUGGGGCUGCCAGCUGAGCAGGCAGGGAUGAAGGACGGGGACCGUUUGCUGGCUGUGAAUGGCGAGAGCAUCGAGGGGCUGGACCACCAGCAGACAGUGCUCAGGAUCUGUGCCCAUGAAGACCAGGUGACCCUGCUGGUCAUCGACCCUGCCGCAGAUCAGUUCUACCAGUCGAUCGGGCUGUCCCCUCUGCUGUCCUUUGAGGAAGGUGACCCUGCCUCAGGCUCCCACACACCCUCCCUGUCCUCUCCCAGUGGCUCCCCCAGACUCUGUCAUGUUGAGGUGGAACCAAAGAGACCAGACUCCUGGCUGGUGGCUGUUGCCAACAGUAUAGGGUUCACACAGGUGGUGCGUUUGUGUCAGAACCCCAAACUGGCUUUGAAGAACAGCCCACCUUACAUCCUGGAUCUGCUGCCUGACACCUACCAGCACCUCCGGACCAUCCUGUCGCGCUACGAAGGGAAGAUGGAAACCUUGGGAGAAAACGAGUAUUUCCGAGUCUUCAUGGAGAACCUGAUGAAGAAAACCAAGCAGACCAUCAGCCUCUUCAAGGAAGGAAAAGAGCGGAUGUAUGAGGAGAACUCUCAGCCUAG